AUGGGAGGCAGGAAGCGUAAGGCCACACCGCGCGUAAAGACACAGCGAGCAUCCGCAAAGCACAAGCCAAUGUCUGUGGAAAAAGAAAAAGAAAACCCGACUUGGAUCUACUCAUCCCUAUUCCCUUUUCAAAACUCACCUUCUCAUCGUACCAAGCGCGUAGGGCAACUGGAACUCGCGGACCACCACUCGACACUGCUCCAGGGUCACCGCCAUGCCGGUGCGAUCCUUGGCGCAGAGGAGACCGCCACUGAUCCAGAGGUGGCGGCCCGCAUCAACAUUGGCUUCCCGCAGCUGAAGGAGUCGCGAUCGGCGCAACUAAAGGCGCGACUGGAGCACCUGAAGGCGCAGCGGUCCAGCAAGGAACUGGAGCAGCUGGCGCGCACCAACAAGUUGAUCAUUGACCUGGACAAGGUGCAGCGGACCUACGUAAAGACCACGGGCCAGCACGAUCUGCGUCUGCUUGCAGAUCACUACGGCAUAUUCGAGCACCUCUUCGGCAGCGCUUACUUUGUGCCCCGGGUGCCGCUCAGCAUAAGCUACGAGGUGGACGGUGACAGUCUGGCCCCCGUCUACAAUGGCAACGUGAUCAAGCCGGCGGAGGCGGCCAAGGCGCCGCAGAUCAGCUUCGAUGGCCUGCUGGACCCCAUCACCGGGCAAGCCGCCGGCCAGGACACUUACUGGACCCUGCUGGCCACCAAUCCCGAUGCGCACUACACAAACGCGACGGCGGAAUGCCUGCAUUGGUUCAUUGCCAACAUACCCAACGGCAAGGUGGGCGAUGGCCAGGUGCUCGCCGAGUAUCUACCGCCAUUUCCGCCCCGCGGCGUGGGCUACCAGCGAAUGGUGUUCGUGCUCUACAAGCAGGAGGCGCGUCUGGAUCUCGGCUCCUAUCAGCUGGCCGAUGCCGACUACAACAACCUGGAGAAGCGCACCUUUAGUACCCUUGACUUCUAUCGCCAGCACCAAGAGCAGCUGACGCCGGCUGGCCUGGCCUUCUAUCAGACCAACUGGGAUGAGUCGCUGACCCAUUUGUACCAUGAUGUCUUAAAGAGCAAGGAGCCAGUCUACGAGUACGACUUCCCCAAGCCGUAUCUGGCCGACCAGAAGUUCUUCCCGCUGAAACAGCCCUUCAAUCUGUACAUGGACAAGCACCGCGACCAAAAGCAGGUCAACAAGGAGUACCUGGAACGGAAGCUGGCCAAAACACACCCCUUCGAAGGACCGGAGCAGUCGUUGCGCUUCCCCAACGCCCAUCCCAUUCGCGAUGUACCCUCGUGGCUGAAGACAGAGAUCCGGAAGCAGCGUCUGGGCACCGGACGGGUUCAGGACUAUUAGGGAUGCAAUGCUGUUAGGUUUGUGGGUAAUAGUGGUUAACAAGUUUGUUUUUUAUUCACUGGAAGUAAAUGAGUCGCUAGAGUACGGUUGCCUCUUUUGCAAACUACAA